UCGCGGACGUGACUGGGAGGAGCCUGGCCGCCUCGGAUUUCCGUGCUGGGGCGGCCAUGGCGGAGCCCACCGUGUGCUCCUUCCUCACCAAGGUGCUGUGCGCCCACGGGGGCCGCAUGUUCCUGCAGGACCUGCGCGCCCACGUGGAGCUCUCGGAGGCCCGGCUCCGCGACGUGCUGCGCCAGGCCGGAGCCUUGUGUUCUAGGUCUACCUGUACCCUUUCCCAUGACAUCCACACACCUGUCAACAUCCAGGUCCUGAAAAACCAUGGGCUUUUCGGCCUCAAUGAAGCCCAGCUUCGGAUUCUGCUUUUACAGAACGACCCCUGCCUUUUACCAGAGGUCUGUUUGUGCUACAACAAAGGUGAAGCCCUGUAUGGCUACUGCAUCCUCAAGGACAAAUGCAACAAGUUUCAUGUGUGCAAGUCCUUUGUCAGGGGAGAGUGCAGGCUUCAGAAAUGCAAACGGUCCCACCAACUCAUCAACGCGGCAUCCCUGAAGCUGCUGGAGGACCAAGGACUGAAUGUGUCCAGUGUCGUUAACUUCCAGAUCAUCUCUACCUACAGGCACGAGAAGCUGCACAAGAUGCUUGAAAAUAAAGAUAAUUCAGCGUCUUCUGUUGAGCACUCACCGGGCCUUGAGAAGCAAGGAAGACCGGUUCCUGGGGCUGCAGAAGCCCGUCCCCUGGCUUCUGGCCCUGCCCAGUCGGCCAAGAAGCCAUGUGCAGGGAAACCGUGAAGGACGUCGCUGAAGUAAGAAG